ACCUGCCUAAAGGAGGUAUGUUGAAGAAAUACUUCUAAAGAUAAAAAAAAUUUGAUUUAUAUUUGUAAUUGCAUUGAACGUAAAAGUACGGCUUCCAAAUUCUUCUGUGUGUGCCUCGUACAAUUUUGUGUAAUAAAUCCAAAUUGUCGAAACAUUUAAUAACGACUGCAGAUUAAUACUGGUGAUGGGAGAGAGAAAUUGGAAAGAUUGGAGACCUUUUGUAUAUGGAGGUUUAGCUUCAAUUGUUGCAGAACUGUGUACUUUUCCUUUAGACACGACGAAAACACGCUUGCAAGUACAAGGCCAAAAGUAUGAUCAGAAGCUUGCGCGUUUAAGAUAUUCUGGUAUGACUGAUGCUUUGUUCCAAAUUUCUAAACAAGAAGGAGUUAAAGGAUUAUAUUCUGGGAUUAGUUCUGCUAUUUUACGACAAGCAACAUAUGGAACUAUAAAGUUUGGAACUUAUUAUUCUCUUAAAAAAGCUGUAACUGAUGCAUGGGCAACUGGUGAUUUAGUAACAAUAAAUAUUAUUUGCGCAGCAUUAGCUGGAGCUAUGUCAAGUGCAAUGGCUAAUCCUACCGAUGUAGUAAAAGUUCGUAUGCAAGUCACUGGCAACGAAAAAAAUAUGUCAUUGUUAACUUGCUUCCAAGAUGUAUAUAGACAUGAAGGUAUCCGUGGACUUUGGAGGGGUGUUGGACCGACCGCUCAACGAGCGGCUGUUAUUGCGGCUGUAGAAUUACCUAUAUAUGACUAUACUAAAAGUAAAUGUAUGAAUGUAUUAGGAGACAGCGUUAGUAAUCAUUUCGUAUCGAGUUUUAUAGCUAGUAUGGGAAGUGCUGUAGCUUCAACGCCUAUAGACGUCAUUCGCACGCGGCUGAUGAAUCAAAGGAGAGUGUACAUCAUUGGCAGUAAGACUCCGUCACACAUUUACAAUGGCAGUAUCGAUUGUUUGCUUCAGACGAUUAAGAAUGAAGGGGUUCUAGCACUGUACAAAGGUUUUGUCCCGACGUGGUUUAGAAUGGGACCAUGGAAUAUUAUAUUCUUUAUUACUUACGAGCAGUUAAAACAGUUAGGCCAUUCGUGAUAUAUCGGCGGAUAUCAAAAUAUUUAUAUUCUUCAUCAGAAUAAGAUCUGAAGACACAUUUCUCAUCACCUAUCGUUGUAUUAUGCAUUUAGCAUUAUCUAGCAUUGCUAAUCUGAGUCGCGUACAAUCUGCUGAGCAGAAAAUUGACGUGUUUGCACUAGUUACCUUAAUGCGAUGUGAAA